GUUUCAAAUUAGCUAGACAUAUUUGUUGUUAGAAACAGUCAAAUUUGUUGUCAAAAUUUUCCUUCUUUUUUGGUCAGUCAAAUCUUUCCUUUACUAUACCAUAAAUUAUGAUUAUUAUUAAUGACUAUGAAAAAAAUUAUCCUUGACUAUUGAUGAACACACGUAAAUAUUUAUACACAAUUGAUAUGUUAAGGAGAAAGAACUAAGGUAGUCACAUUAAUUGAGUCUUAUUUUUUCAGUCAAUACUAAUCGUUGCCAAAAAGAUAGAAAUAUUAUAGCCACAAAUCUCUCUCCAUGAUUACUCACACUAAACCUUAUUAAUUUUAUCUAGCAAAACCCAACAUUCACAAAAAACAUAAACAUUAGAGAGAUUCGGCCAUGGCAUCCAAAUGCAUAGGUGAUUGUGUAAACAUCAAAAACGAUGCCGUUUGCGUCCGGCCCGGUAGAACUCACGCCAAAAUUCACAAGUGGCCGAUGGCGGAGGUAGAGUUCGUACGGUCUAUAAGCCACGGCGGUAGCCAGGGUCGUACUACAGCGGUGGAAAGCUUAUCUUGUAGGCAAAUGUACCUUAGGAGCUAUACGUUCUCAAAAAAAGAGGAGAACGGAGACGGUGAUGGAAGUGGAGGAGGAGCAGGGAGGAAGAAGGCGGCGAAGAAAUAUACAAGGCCGAGUAAAAGGGCGUUACUUAGGAGAGUUGUGGUCCGAUUCACAUGGAAAUGUUUGUCUUGUACUUGCCCUAAUAAGUUUGAUCUUAAACAGUGAAGUAAUUUUAUCAAUAAAGAGAAGAAUAAUAAG